GAAGUAUCGAACUGAUGUUUACAUUGUUUAUAAACAAUUAUUAAAUCCCGCGAAUUAAUAACUAUCCGCUAUCGUUCUGUAUUUUAUUGGUAAGGACAUUGAUACAUGAUUAUAUUAUUAUUAUUAGUAUAUGUAAUUAGCUGAUGCAUGAUUCAACACAGUAUAAUUGAGUAUAAGUUUAUUAGUCAGAAGUUUUUUAAGUCAAAAGGGACUCAUUUAAUUUUAAAUUUAAAGACAAGUCACAAGUUAGUAGUGACAGUUAAUAGUUAAGUAGGGUAGUUGAUAAAUUAGAUAUUCUGUCAUCUUAAUCUUAUAUUCUUAUCGUUAUGGAAACUGUAGAAUUUCCAAAUCUACUUCAAGAUUUCAAGGAGUCCCAAAGACUAAACUGCCAAAGAUGGCAUAACACUUUGUUGUUUUUUUGUUGACGUUAAAUCUAACUAAUCUAAUUUCACCCACAAAUAGCGAGGCAAUCAUUCAUUCAUAAAGUGAUUAUAAGGGCAUUAAUAAUGUGUGUUGUUAUACAAUUUUCUGAUUUCUCAUAUUUAUAGAUAUUUUGUAUCUGGUUUUAUAGACUUUUUACUAUGUUUUCUCAGAAUAUACCCCACCCUCCAAAAAGAAAUAAAAAAUUGCUGGCAUCUGUUAGAACCUCUGCCUCUGAAUUACUUCUAUAGAUAGUCUUAUAGUUAAGGGUCAGUUGUGUGAUUGCUGUCACUGUUUAUUUAGUUGAUGAAUAAUAGGUAAAAUUCACUCCUCUUCAUAGUGAUGACCCCUGUACCAUCAUCAGUGUACCAUUUGUAAAAUUCAGGGAGAUAUCCAAUGUAGACGUAGUCUCUCUCCACCAUGUGUUUGAAAUGUCUUAUGAACAAACAUGCGUAGAUGGAUCCCAUUUUAGUCCCCAUAGCAUCACCACUGAAUUGUUGCAAGAAUCGGUUAUUAAUAAAAAAUAAAUUAAAUUAUUUUUUAAAAAUGGCACCAGUCCUUUGUCCAAUGGGAAAACUGAUCCACCAGUCCACUAAGCAUAAUAAUUUGGGAAACACUGAUGUUGACAAAUUUUGUAAUUUAAUUUCCCAAUACAAGCGAUAAGGAUAAUUGAUUCAUGUCAUUUUAUUAAUACUUUUCAAACAGCAGUCUCAGAAUGAGCAGAGCAGACCAUCUACCCCUUCCGCAGUCAGAUGAUGCAGCGCCCGAUUUUGACCUUCCUGCAGAGCCAGAGCAGGUGUCUGUAUCUUUGAUAGGAUCAGGUCCAAGUAGAGGUGAUCGUAAGAAUGGAUAUUCAACGUACAGUGACCCUGACUUUGAAAAUAAUUCUGAGAACCCUUACAAAGACACAACAGAGAGUGAUAUUAACCUGCGUCACAUUCCUAUUGGAGACUUGGUUCCCAGGCCAUGGAAAACCUUCGAGCAGGUCAUGGUAGCUGCCUAUGUAAGCAUUAUCUUCUGUAUCAUCACUGGGCUUCUUGCUGUGAGAUACGCUAGGCGGGGCAAACGGCAUCAGUCUAAAGGACUGAUGGGAAUGGCACAAAGAGAUUUAAAAUUAGCAGUUUGGUGCAUUUAUGCUAGUGUUGCCCUCGGUGUUCUCAUUUUUUUAAUCAUAAUUCCCAUUGCUGCAUCCGUCUAGUGGGUUUUAUUGUACUCUCUUCUUCCUAUAACCUAAAAAAUUGAUUUAUUAUUAAUAUUAUUGUUACAUUUGGUUUUGUCCAUUAUUCAAAUAUAAAUCAUUAAUAAUCUUGGCUGCUAAAUAAAGAUGAUUUAUGAAAAAAAUAAUGAAAUUAUUGUAUAAAGGUUAAC